CCUUACUAUCAGCAAAAAUUCGUGAGAGUAGUAAAUCAGUUUUUGCAACUUUAUUCGGGUCGUAAAGUGGUUGACCUUGAGAUGCGCAUUUGCAUUGGGAGAGAGUUUUCUAGUGAAUUUCACCAAUUGAUGCAUUCUGUUUCAAAAUUAGGUGUUGAAAGAUUACGUCUUACUUUGAUUGUGGCACUAUUCCUGCCACACAUAACAUUAACCCUGACCCCAGCACGUUUUUUAAAUUUUCUCUUGAGCUUCUCUCUCAAGCAUCCUCAUUGAAAUUCUUGUGUUUGACUGCUUGCGUUCUACAACCAAGAGUCGGAGUCCGUCUUAACUCCCUCAAGACCCUUAUCGUGAUGGGCGUUGUGUUAGAAAGGGGACAACUUGAGGGUAUCUUGUCCUCUUGUUUGAACCUUAAUCAGUUAAUCAUAAAGUAUUGCAAACUUCCGUAUAAGCUAUGCAUCUCUGGUACAGUAACAUCUGUUCUUUUUGUUGAUUGUUGCGAAUUGGAAGAGAUUGAUCUUCAGGCUACAAAGCUUCGUAGGUUUGAGGGUUCUUUUGAUGACAAAGUAAGAUUUUGCUUCUCUUCUGUUCCUGUGUUGAAACAUGUAAAUAUUUGUCUCAUCGGAGGUGCUGGAAUACCAUACAUAUUUGGUGAAUUUGCAAGAGAUUUACCUGCUCAGGUUAAAUCUUUAAUAGUCACAGCUUAUUUUGACCAGGUAGCAAACUUCCCAACAGAGACACAGAUAUUCAGAAACCUUAGGAAGUUAGCCUUGCUACUUGCGACCACAUACGACUUUGACAUAGUCAAAGUUUCUCCCAUGUUAGACGCCUGUCCUCUUCUCCAAUAUUCGGAUUUUAGUGCCUCAGCCAUGUCGAGGUUUGAAGAUCUCUUUUCAAUGGCGUUCAAUCCUACAAUAGUCAAACCAGUUUAA